AUGGGUGGUAAUGGCAUACGUUUUAUACCACAAGUAAUAACGUCGAAAUUAACAAAUAUAACGAGUCUUGCUCUGUAUCGGAACUCGAUUUCGGACCUAAAGCCAAACACGUUUGAAAAUAUGACAAGGUUGAAAAAGUUAUUCUUGGGAAAUAAUGAGAUUUCAACAAUGAAUGAACAAUCUGUUCCGAAAACUCUAAAACUACUCGAGAUAUUUGAAACCCCUUUUGCCUGCACAUGUGACAUAGUGUGGCUUAUAGACUGGAUGCAUAGGGAACCCGAAACAUUUGGUAUUUAUAAAACAAGUAAAUAUGAAUUUUGGUAUAACUGUUCCAGCCCCGUGAACCUCAAAGGGGUUCACUUGCAGGAUUUGAAAAUGUCAAAGACAAGUUGUCUGAUGGAUCAAGAUGUGAAAAUCGUAACUCUUACCUUCAGUAUUUUACUUAUAGUGUUCCUGGUGACAGGAACGUGGAUGUAUCGUUACCGUUGGCACAUCCGAUACUUCAUCUACAUGGUCAGAUACAGUCAACGUCAGGAGGUGGACACUGCCAACUACGAAUAUGACGCAUUUGUGGCCUACUGUGCGCCAGAUCGUCAGUGGGUCAUUCGGAACAUGUUGCCUGUUCUGGAAGGUAACGAAAACCUGAAACUCUGCGUCCAUGACAGGGACUUUGAAGUUGGUAAAUUAAUCGUUGAUAACAUUGUGGAUGCAAUUGAAGCAAGUCGGAAAAUUGUCAUUGUGCUCUCCAACAGUUUUGCUGUCAGUGACUGGUGCCAGUUCGAGCUCAAUCUCAUUCAGCGCCACGUGCUCGAGAAUAGACAGCGCCUCCUGGUGGUGGUCAUGCUGGAGGAGAUAGACACACGUCACGUGACCAAGGCUAUGAGAGCCAUGUUGCAGACGACAACCUACCUGAUGUGGGGAGAGGAAGAGUAUGCUAGAAAAGCCUUCUUCAACAGACUGAGGAUGUUACUUCGUAGUUCGACCAGAGAUGCAGGGAACAGGCGGCUAUCGGUUUAGUUGACAAGAAUAUGUGAUGCUGAAUAUUCAUUCUAUAUAUGUAUACCAUGAUGAUUUUCUGUAAUGCAUGUGUCAAGAUGUGUAUUUCGAGAACAAGUGCCCAUAGAGGAAGCUUUCUAAUAACAGUCGGUAAAACGUUUGAUACAGAAAAGUCAAUAUUGGCUCUUCCCAAGCUACGUUUUCUACACUUGUGAAAGAUCUAGGCCUCAGGGUUGAUUCAGGUCUCGCCACGGGAGCCCAAUUGGACAUACUCUGUAAAACAUGCUACUUUCGUCAGAAACAUCCGAAAGUACAUUAUACAAUAGAAAGCGUUAAGGUCCUUGUCAGGUCAUGUCAGGAGACUCGUCUCGAUUAGAUUACUGUAAGGACUGCUUGUAGGUCUCAACAAAGCUCAACCUUACAAACUGCAUAAAAGUUCAGAUCACGGCUGCUUGCAUUGUUUUUUGAAAGCCAAGUCUCAAAACAUAACUCCUACUCUAAUCCCUACAUCGUUGCAUCUUGUAUUGACUCUAAACUUCUCUGCCUUGUCUACAAGUGUCUACACAAUUUUGUGCCAGCUUAUCACAAGGAUCUUAUCACUGAAUACACCCCUGCCAGAACUCUUCGCUCCCAGAACCAGCUCCUGUUAACAGUCUCCAAGAUCCGCUUAGCUUCAUUCGACAAGCGAUCUUUCCAACUCUCUACCUGUCAACAUUAAACUUUCUGAUUCUCUGGCAAGUUUCAAAUAUCUUUUCAAGAGCCCUAACUUUGCUAACUCUUCAAACCCACAAUGUAUAUUUUAUUCAAAUUAGAUAUUAUCCUCUGAUUUAACUGUAAUGCCAUGAGCAUACACAAGUGCGUAUUAAAAGGCGCAUUAUAAGUGUCCAUUAUUAUCAAUAUUAUUUUAUUGCUGUGCUAUAAAUGAAAUAUAGAAUACAGUCACUCAUGACAAAUUACAUACAUAUAUUUAUCCAUGUACACAGUAGGACUCACUCGCAGAAUAAAGAUGUAAAUAGAAAUUUC